UCCUCCUCCUCCUCCUCCUCCCACGUGGGUUCAUUCAUUCCUGGGUGAGCCUGAAGUCUCCUGGCUCUUCCUUCCUUCCUUAAUGGCUCCUGCAGUCUUCUUGGAGAUCAGACAGAGGACGCAGAGCGCGUUGCUCCUUCUCCGAGACCUGAAGCUGGAAAGCUGUCCUGUGGAUAUUACUGUGAUGCCAUCCUUGAUAGAGCUUAAAAUUGGUGAAGACUGCAAGGCGCUGAACCUUCCAGGAGAGGUCAGGAUUGUUCCUUCUUCCUGCCGUGGACUGCAGUAUGUGCCCGGAGACGGCUUACAUAUGCGAUUUCUAGUUCAAGCAAGUUUAAAUUCAAAAAUGCUAACAGCUGUUGGUGACAAUCCUAAAGCUAAAAAGAGUUGCACUUUUUAUUGCCAGAUUUGUGGCGAGAGUAUAAUAAGGGAUUGGACCUUUCUCCGAGUCCUUUCCCUUCCCAACGAGGACUGGAGUGACUUGGUGGAUGAGUGGUGUUGUCAUCCCAACCCUUUCACAGACAACAUGUUUCAGCCAAAGAAUAAUGACUGUUUUCUGGGACACAACUACUUCCUGAUUAAUCCAGAAAGUGAGUCACCUGAGCCAGGACUUGAAAUCUGUCAUUCAGAAUCUCAGUGUGCGACUUCUAAAAGCAGCAAUUCACCCUUGAAUUCAGAGACAAAUAGCAGAGUAAUUUGCAAGCGCUGCAAAACUCUGCUGGGAGAGGUUAUGCCCUCAGGUGUCACAAAGUACUUUUUCACCGAAUUGCUUGUUCAGCCGUCAGAAGACUGCUUCAACACAAUACCAAGGUCUCUCUUUGUACAGAGCGUUGUAGCCCAGUGCCUCGUGGAGCUUUCUUCAGCUAGGAGCACAUUUAGAUUCAGCAUACAAGGGACUGAUGGGGCAGUCUAUAUCCUGAUUUGGCUACUAAAUUCUGACACAUUGCUGGUGGAGUCUUUGGGAAACUUAACAUCCACUGAGGCUUUUUCAUUGCUUGAACAUGACCUAUCGUCUGCUUCAAGGCCUUCAGAGAUUCAGAAAGCUAUUAAAGUUCUUUAUCAUCCCUGUGUAAAAAGCAGAAAUAAUGAUCUUGUUGAUACUUGGAGAAAUGACAUCGGAGUACAUCCUCUAAAAUUUCCUGCAAAAACCUGUUUGGACCUGCUGCUGAUACUGACUCGGAGUAAUGCUUCAUUGCCAUCUUCCCUUCGCUGGAUGAAUUCUUUCCAGGUUGCAUUUUUGAAGAUGUGAAGGAACCUGUGAAGGGAAAAUUGCACUGAAGUUAACUUCAUCUAUAAAGGAUUGAGGAGAGAGGACCGUAACUGAGAGAAGAACUUCCUAAACCAAAAAGAAAAUUAUCUAUUCAAAUUGCAGCUUAUUGACCACCAAACAUUGAAACUUUGAAAUAAUGAAACAGCAGCACUUUGUUUAAUGUAGGAGGCCAAUUGUUGCAGGACAGGGGUUCAGAGAGCUCUGUAAUUUGCGGUGCUGGGGACCUAAGUUUAUUGUAAAUAAUGGCCUACUUAACAUUCCCCAAAGAGGGGCCAUUUCUCUAUUGCAGUUACCUCUGCUUUUUAAAAAAAGCUGAUAGUAAUUGUUCCAUCUCAUUGCUCAUCGCUUAUCCAACCUUUGCUCAUCCAACGUUCUGUAUUAUCCUACGCAGUCUGCCCUCCCGCCUGGAUCCACUAUUGUUUUAAUACAUUGUGAUGUUUUGGUGCUAAAUUUGUAAAUACAGUAAUUAGUACAUAACGUUACUGUGUAUUGAACUCCUUUUUCUGUCGAUUUGUUUUAAAAUAUGAUGUUUUGGUGCUAAAUUUAUAAAAUCAUAACAUAA